AAUAACUUUGGAGAAACAGAGGUGGAGGAAUUCCUUGUUCUUCUUAUAUAUAUUCGUCCUACAUUUUGCGCGCGCACUCACACUCGAUUAUCAUCACGAACUAUCCAGCGUUAUUCUCAAGCAGUACCUCACACGAAGAACCAGAAAGAGAGCGUUUGAAGCGAUCGAUGGCUUGGAGCACCGGAAGUGUCCUAAACCUAACGACGGUGUUCUUUCCGGAUGACGUGGACUGGAAGGAGACACCUGCCGCCCACGUGUUCAGAACCGACGUGCCUGGCCUCUCCAGGGAUGAAGUCAGGGUGGAGAUCGUCAAGGGAUGGACGGUCAGGAUCUACGGCAAACGGGCACGCGACGCCAGGGAAGGAACCACCGACACGUGGCGCCACGUGGGUCGCUGGAGCGGCAGGUUCGAGCGCACCUUCAAGCUACCUCAGAACGCCUGCGUGGACCAGCUCAGAGCCUCUAUGAAACACGGCGUCCUCACUAUCACCGUUCCCAAGGUCGAGCCCCUCAGGUCCAUUCCUAUUGAUGAUGAAGACUGAUACUCCAAACCAUAACCAUCUUCUCUGCUAUUGAAUUCAAAUGCUUAGUCUUUGCUCUCUAACUUGCUCUGUGUGUGAAUUUAUAUAUAUAUAUUCACGAAAUUAAACUCAAUAAUAUCCCUCGAAUAAAACCUUUGUGCUCCCUGCAUGGUUUAUGA